AUGUAUGAAACCUGUGCCUUUGAAGCGGCUCCACCAGCGUCAAAGUUGCCGCGACUGAAAAUGGAUGACAUCACCGUGCCAUCAGCAUUAUCACUCCACCCAGGCAAUGGUGGUAAGGCUGAAUGCAGAAAACGGUACGGGCCUGUGGGUGAGUCUCGGUCACGCUUGGCACAGGCACGCCUUGUGCUGUCCCGACAGGCUUCCUUUGAUGUCGGCGGUUGUGCUGCUGAUGCAGUGGACACAUCUCCGCCCAAUUCUCUGUCAAUGGAUGAGACGGACCAUGGGUUGCAGCAGAGCCCAAGAGUCCCCUUAGAGAGUACCACCGCAGCCACAUCUAUUCGUCUUCAGAGAGCGAAUUCUUCCUACGCUUCGACUACUAUGUCGCCGUCUAAUCUCCUGUCCAAUGGUUCACCCAAAAAGAUUAGCUCUCAACAGGUCCGCCAACGUUUGAAAGAACACCUUUUGAGUCGACGUGUGAUGAGUGUGGAGGCUUCGUGGAGUGUUGGGGGAGGCGGAGCCAGUAUGGAUGUUUCCACUGCUCUUGCUGCCUCCUCGGCGUCGCCUCAACCACGUAUCAGUCUGAGACACUUCUCCCGCUCCUUUGAUUCAAAUCGUACGCCUUCUUCACCUUCCCCACCGCCGUCUUUGUCGCACACUGAGACCUCCGCUCCACGUCCAUCUUCGCCAUCCUCUCUGCCGCGCAAACGCGCUGCCUAUCACCGCUCUACAACGUUGUCACUGGAUUCGACCAUCAAACUGCCAACCACCACUUCCUCAGUCUCCGAAGUUGCUCUUGCUACACGUAACAACGUUUGGCGCGAGGGUAAACCACCCGCCCACUACCAACAGUCUUCUCUUGGCGGUUGUUUCGUGGCAUAUAUAACAGGGCCGUCCAGUUACAACCCCCAGAUGGCACACGUCCGUUCAGAUGACUUUUCCAAAGGUUUAGUGGGUUCUAGCGCCCCAGCAGCCGUGGCAGUGGAGAUGCCGCUCGAUUUGACUACCGCUCCUGUUGCCGCUUCUUCAGGUGAAUCGUUACGACGUCUGGCUAGCGAUUGUCCCCACCAGCGACAGGUGCCGGCUGCUGGUGGUGGUGCUUCUGUUGGAGAUAUAUCGCUCCUUAUGCAACAAUUCGAGGCGCUUCGGAAUCCCUCUAUCAAAGACUUGGUUCCUUCAAAAGUUGGUGACAACUCCCCACAAGGAACCGAGACUUAUGUGGGGCCGUCUGCAUACCAAUGGUUGGGGGAGGAGGGAGAUAGAAGAGUAAAGUCUCGUUCUACCGAAAAUACCCCAGUGCCGAAGCAGUUGCCCGUCUUCAAUCCCAUAUCGCUCUCUGCCCCGCCGCCAGCUGCGACGGCAACCACCGCCGCCGCCUCAACCACACUGUCAGAUUUGCAGCAGACGGCAGCCUCUCUUGUCUCCUCCCUCACCUCCCUCUGUCGACCCCAACCGGUGGGUGGCAGCGGCACCCCAUCGCAACUCAACCUCCUCACUACCUCCUUGUUCCAUCCCCACCUCAGCACGCAGGUGAGUCAGAAUCUACAUGAGACGCAGGAGACACUGGCUGCACUGACUCUGGGCGGCCCGCAGGAGGAGACAGUGAGGCCCUCUACGGUUGUGUCUACCACGCCAGCUACAGUGACGACAACGCCGAUGCCGACGGCGCACGAAUUCCUGCGUGGUGCGCUGGAACGCGCCUACGAUGAGCUCUUAAGGCAUUGGAACGGUCUCUCACCUGUCCUUUCUUGGCCCACCACCGGCAGUAAACGAACUGGCGAAUCUUUAGCCUCCAAUGAGACAGCUCUCCUCUUCGACCCGGCUAUGUUGUCCCAUGUCUGCCUCUGCCCUCAUGGGAAUAACCCCCAGGUGCAUCCAGAGCACCCACUGCGGAUCAUCUCUGUCCUCGAGCGGAUUGCCAGCUCGCGACUCCAGAUACCCCGCAGUUUGCUCUCCUCCACCUCUGUCACCGCCACUCCUAACCAAGAAGCUCAUUUAGCACUGUCGGAGGACCUCCCUCUGGCCUUCUUCUGUCAUUGGAUGCGUGCACGCAUGGCCACUAGAGAGGAAUUGGCCCUCUUCCACACUUCCGAACACAUCGCUCGCUACUGUCCUGAUUCCUCUUCCGACUAUGGGGGAGACGAGAGGGCGGAGAUAGAGGGCCUUGGGAGCAUGACAGAACUCGUCAUGGACGCGGAGACGUCAGUUAAGAAAGGAGACAGAAAAUUGGCUACCUCCUCUUUGGCCACUCUCCAUUGUGGUGGCAUGGGUGUCGACUCGGACACCGUCUGGAAUCCUGAGACUACCUCUAGGUCUGCUCGGCUUGCUGUUGGGCAGGUUCUCUGUCUUGCCCACAAUCUCGCUUGCGGUCGUCUUAGAAACGGCUUCGCUCUGGUUCACCCUCCUGGCCAUCACGCGGAGCCCGAUCAGGCAAUGGGUUUCUGUUACUUCAACUCUGUAGCCAUCGCUGCGCUCUCGGUCCUGCAGAGUGGGUUGGCUAAUCGAGUCCUCAUCGUCGAUUGGGACAUUCACCAUGGCAACGGGACGCAGUUCGCCGCAGACAAACACCCCGGUCUGCUCUACAUCUCUCUGCACCGCUAUGAUCAAGGCACCUUCUUUCCUGGUACGGGCUCCUUCCAGCGUCACUGUCAGAGUGGUUACACCGUCAACAUUCCUUGGGGAUGCACUGAUAUUAGCCCUGUCGCUUCGGUUCGUCGUGAAUCUUGGCGUCAAACAAAGAUCACAAAGGCUGCCUCGUCAAAUGAUAGUGGGGUGCUGGAGGACUGCGCCCCUACAAUGGUUGGCGGAAUAGCGCAGAGCUGCACCUCUUCACCCGCCUCCUCCUCCGCUGGUUCGCUGGAUGUGGGGCUGGCUCGAUGUUCGGGUAGCGGAGGCAGUGGUGGAGAGACGUCAGGAACAGUGGGACUCUCUGACUCGGAGUAUCUGGCUGCCUUUCGUAGUCUUGUGCUCCCUUUGGCCACUGAGUUUGCACCAGAUGUGGUUCUGGUCUCUGCAGGGUUCGACGCAGCAGCUGGGCAUGGGAGUGCUCUGGGUGGGUAUGAAAUAUCUCCCGGAGCUUUCGCGUGGAUGACGCGGCAGUGCAUGUCUCUAGCUGGGGGAAGAGUUGGUCUGGUUCUUGAAGGUGGCUACGUUGCCUCGGUAACAGCCGACUGUGUCACCACUUGUCUGAAUGCCCUCCUUCUCCCAAAUCCACCACCCGCCGUGUUUGAUGUCAAUCCCUGUGGUAGUUGCCUUCAGCGUCUCGCCAGUCUGGAUGACUGCAUCACCGCCGCCAAGGCUUGGGUUGCACCCUCCGAACUCGCUCGGGCUCCACGGCCCGAGGCAGUGAAGACCCUUGUUGAAGUAGCCAACGUCCACGCCGCCAGCGGACGGUGGAAGUGCCUUACUACGCCCGAUACCUCAGGCUUUGUGGACGUGGCUCUAUCCUUUAAUAGAGCUAUGGAGCAGGAGCGUGCGCGUCUCCUAUCUUCUUCCACCACCACUACGUUGUCGACUAUCUGGGGUACCCCCUCUAAUCCCGACUCUACGUGA